UCUGAAACUGGUGAAGACCUUUAUCUAACAUCCUUAAAGAAAAGGCAGGGGGCUAGAUAUUGAUUGUCAUGGUAACCUCCUAUGACAAAGCAGAUGGAUCAGCCUAAUGAUGGCUACAAAUCUAGUUCACCAAACCUGCUCCGGUGACACUGGCUCUCCAGCAAGGUCUUUGCAACCAGGGAAGAAAAAAGAAGGCAUUACAGAUGCAGAAACCCAGACAACGUGCAUGUUAGCAGCUUGAUGCAACGUGCUGAUCCCUGUCUAGCAGCACAAUGAAUGAAUGAAUGUGGGAUCACCUGCUACUCGGAGCGAACUAAAACCAUUGAAGUACAGCUUGCGAGUUUUGCAGAAAUACUUUCAAUACCACAUGUUGCUGCCUCUGACAUACUUGAAGAAGCUCCAACAAUUCCACUCCAGAGAUGCACACAUUCAGCACACAGCUGGGUGUUUUAUGUUUUUUUGAAUUGCUCAAUUUAUUUUGAGGACGCUGCAAGACUGCAAUUGCCAAAAAUUCACACCAGACCUUAACUUAAAGGUUGUUUGGAUAUCAGACUGACCACAGGACCCCCUCCCCCCCAGGAGCACACAAGAACCACACGAGCAAAUAGUCCAGCUGCGUUUCUGGGACACAAUGCCAGGGCUAAUCAACAAGAACAAAAGGAGUACAUUGCCACUCAGUGUGUCUGAGAUCACUUCCUGUGUCAGAGGGUACACCUUGGCGACAACAGCCUCAAUGACAUACAACAACACUGAGGACAGCCCCAUAGAAGGUCUCUUUGUGUACCCGUUGGACGAGUUCUCCACUGUUGUUGGUUUCGAAGCAAUGAUAUCCAGAAGGAUCCUAACAGUGCAAAUAAAAGACAAAGCAAAGAUGGACGACUGUUACUUUGACUGCUGCACGAUGUCCAAUGGAACCUGUCAGAGUGGACACAUUGUUUUAGAUGAAGACCUUGAACGGACGGUAUUAGUGGUAAACUUGGGUAUGAUUCCUCCAUUAGAAACAGUUACUGUGCUGGUAAGCACUUCCUCGGAGCUCACAACACUGCCCAAUGGCGCAAUCAAGGUGGUCUUCCCUGCAGUCUGCACCCCCAAGGUCCAGCACUGUGGGAAUGAAGAACCAAACUCUGCAGAAAACCUGUUUCGAAACAAGGACAGACACCACUGUGCGCUCGGCCCUCCCGAUCAGACUGCGAACAGCAGCCAACUAUGUCUCUCAUGGCUCCUGGAGGAUGAACCUAUCAACUCUAUAGACUAUGAUUUUACCUUUCACCUGGAGAUCAAAGGGCCAUGCGUUUUAGCAGGUGUGGCAAGUCCGAGCCAUGCAAUCCGAGCAGACGCUGACCCCUCCGCCCAUUCCGCCAGCAGUGUGGUCAUCACACUGGCUGACAAAUACACCUAUGACAAGCCAGUGGAGAUUCUCAUUUACCCCAGUGAGCCCCACAUGCCUCACAUCCUUAUGGAAGAGGGGGACCUGACACCAGAGGAGUACGAGGAGCACCUCAAAGGACGCAGUGACUUUAUUAAAGGAACAAAAACAGAUUCAAGCUGUGAGAAGAAGACAGAAAUCAUCAGGAAACGUCUACACAAGGACAUCAUCCACAACCCAGUCGUCAUGUUAAACUUCUGUCCUGAUUUAAAGGAUCUUCCUCCAGAUCUCAAGAAGGUGCCAGGAGAGUUUAUCUUUCUCAUUGACAGAAGUGGAAGCAUGAGCGGAGUGAACAUCAGCCGUGUUAAGGAUGCCAUGAUCGUGAUUCUGAAAAGCCUCACUCCAGCCUGCCUGUUCAAUGUAAUAGGAUUCGGCUCAACUUUUAAAACCCUCUUCCCAGCCAGUCAGAACUACAAUGAAGAGACCCUGGCUGUUGCCUGUGAGUAUAUCAAGAAGAUCAGAGCGGAUAUGGGAGGAACCAACAUCCUCUCUCCUCUCAACUGGAUUCUGCAUCAGCCUGUGUACAGGGGACACCCUCGCCUGCUGUUCCUGCUAACCGAUGGGGCUGUAAGCAACACAGGGAAGGUUAUAGAACUCGUCCGCAACCACGCACGCUGCACCAGGUGUUACAGCUUUGGGAUUGGUCAGAAUGCCUGUCGAAGGCUAGUGCUUGGGCUUGCCUCUGUGUCCAAAGGUACUGCUGAAUUUCUGGCUGAAGGAGAACGACUUCAACCGAAGAUGAUAAAAUCCCUGAAGAAAGCGAUGGCCCCUGUUCUAAGUGAUGUCACCAUUGACUGGUUGUUUCCGGCGACAAAGGAAGUUCUGCUCUCUCCAGUGGGUGCCAGCUAUCUGUUUCCAGGGGACCGUCUGAUUGGCUACAGUGUUGUGUGUGACACGUCACGCUAUCAUCCCAACCCUAAGUCUGAAAAAAGAAGGCGUUACAGCAUGAUGCACUCCACUGAAUCCACUAGCUCAGUUUUCUACCAUUCCCAAGAAGAGGAGCCAGCUAAAGCCAAUGCGGAGAGCAGGAGAUUGUCGAGAGAUGUCACUGUGGGCUCCCUGCGCGAUAGUUACCAGGAAACAGUAUCGGACUGUGUGCCAAUCAGUGAAGAACAACAUACACAAAUAGACUCUGGAGCAGAGACCAAGACCUCUCCAAGGAGAAGAGCAUUCAGCACUAAUCAGAUUGCAGAGCACUCCCAUUUUACGAGAGGAUUUACAUGCAGUGACCCCAACUCCGCUGCAAGCAGGAACCCCUUGAGAAGGGUGACGGCGCAGGUGCUUGCUGGACAGGUCAGCCCUGAUGCUGGGUCUCAGUGGGGAGCUGAUAUCCAGCAGCUAAAUCAAUACGCAUCUUCUGCAAAAGCUCAAGCCCCUAGUGGACGGAGGCCAUCGUUACUUCAUCAGAACUGUGUCUCUCUGAGCCAGGAGCUGGACGUGCCCCAGCUACAAGCCAGCUUGAAAGCUGUGGCCAAGAGCAUGAGGCAGGAGGAGCGAGCUUCUGGGUCCAGGUCUUCAACAGACAGCCCAUCAGUGAGCAGCUGCGGAGACCAGGAGAGUUUACACCAUCGGAUGUAUGAGAUGGAGCGGUCUCUGGAAGCAUUCACCCCAGACAUGGAGAGCCCCACCCAGGACUGCAAGGCUGUGAUCUCAGGGCUGCUAUGUGGGAAGCCUGUCCAGUGGGAGGUAACGUUCGAUGUGUCUCUGGUUUUAAAGGCGAGACUGCGUGAGGAGACCCUGCAGGAAGACUUGUGGAGUGAAACAUUCCAUCACCUGGCAGCAAGGUCCGUCAUACGAGACUUUGAGCAGAUGGCAGAUAAAGAAAAUGAAACAGAACACGGUUCUGGAAGGAGAUACCAGCUCAGUGCCAUUCACACCAGCAAAGCAUGUAACAUCAUCAGCAAACACACAGCAUUUCUACCGAUAGAUCUGGACAGCAAUGAAUACCUGCCAACAUGUAUUGAGUACUCCAACACAGGAGCUGAGGGUUUAAAGCAGGGCAGCAGCAGAGGCUCGCGUUCAGGAAGUCGAAAGUACAGAGGCUACUCCAUAGGGCUGGGUCGCUCCCAAUCUGGCUGUGGAUCCGAUGGGCCUGAUGAUGGAUUCUCUACACUGAAUAUGGAAGAUAACAACCUGUCUCCCUGCAGCACGCCUUCUUCUUCAGGGUGGGAGAGAUGCAGCUUUGCAGAAGCGCCACAGAGAAGUCCUUCAGUGUCCUCCGUUCACUCUCAGAGAUCCAUCGAGAGCUUGUUUUCAGCCAGGUUGAGUCUGAGUGGGAAUCGGUUGCUGAGUGGUGCUGCAAAACGUUUCAUGUGCAGCUCAUCCAGCAAAACCAGCGAGUCCAGCGGUGAGAGCGAUAAUGAAAACAAUCACGACUACUUACCACUGGUUUCCUUACAGUUAGCAUGUGGAGCGUUUGUUCUCGACAGUGCUUUCUACGAGGCGAUACACAUCCCAAUGGAGAAGCUGAAAUGGACGUCUCCGUUUGCUCGACACCGUUUAAGUGCCACCCACACGUCCUACUCCAGCAGCUCCAGCAGCUUCAAGAAGACACAGGAGAAUCAAGCCGAGUCAGCAGACAACGGCAAAGCGCUCUCUCUCCUUGAGAGUGAAAUCAACCAGCCUGGUGGGGCUGGUGGGAGGCCUCGACACUUUUCUGGCAGCCAGGCAGAAAGUCAAUCCCGGAUACUAAAGAUGGAGAAUGAACUUUCGCCUCCCACAGUAACAGUGCGCCGUUUCUCUUCCCCCGAACACACCCAGGCAGACAGUGGAAGGGGGUCAGAGACGGACAGCUGUGACAGCCCUCUUGUCCAUCACAGCCACUAUCUCCCCAAGAACAUGGAGCCAGAAGGGAUGGUGUGGGCCACAGCGGUGGCGCUUGCCUGGCUGGAGCACAGCUCGGCUGGUUAUUUUAUUGAAUGGGAGCUGGUGGCUGCCAAGGCUAGCAUGUGGCUAAAUUCCCAGGAGAUUCCAGAAGGCCGUGAUCUUGCCAGUGUUAAAGUGGCUGCCAGGCAGCUUUUUGUCUUACUUAGGCAUUGGGAUGAAAACCUCCAAUUAAAUAUGCUGUGCUAUAACCCUAACAGUGUUUAAAUCAAAUCAUAUCCGUACAGGUGGCACGUGGCACUGUUAUAUGAUUUUACCUCAGAAGUUUGGUUUCUUCACUGGGAGAAUGUAUUGUUGCUUUAAAUUUGCAGUAUACUUUAUUGUUCAGCCUGGUAGCUAAAACAACAGCAUAGUUGCCUCAAUACUGUACUACAGAAUCAGUGGCAGCUGGUGUCCAAAAUAAAAAUGGGGACACAAAAAGAAAGGCAGGAGGCUGCAGCAGUACAAUCAUAUUUUUCUGACUCACAACACUGUUCAUAUCUUCUUUUUACUCUAAUUUGAUUGUUAAACACAUUUUCUCCACUAGCCAGCUGAGGAAAUUAAACAGUAGCCCAUCACAAUCUAUUCUAAUACACGUAUCUUACACACGGCCAGCGUAUGUAUAAAAAUGCACUGUAUACAACAUUAUUAUAGCAUUUACAUUUCAAGGCCACGUCACAGGAUGUGAUUUGUCAAAUUUCCAGUGAGGGGGGACAAAAUACACAAACUACAAAACAGCAGGAAAGCCUCUAGUAAAGACGCAUCAUGAUGAUAUACCACUAAUAUGCUAAUAUCGGCCCGCAACUAGAGGACCCAUCCUGAACCCGCAACCCACUGCAGCACCGUCUUCGUACCCGUGACCCGACUUGACUCACUUUAAUACAACCUGCAACCCAUCGAAUCCACAAGUGUUUGUCCUUUACCUACUGCUUGUGUCGACUCACUCUCUCAUGCUCUCACAUUCACACACAGGUAGCUCUACCAUUCUCUACACACUGGGCCUCAUUUACAAAGAACGCUAAACUUUAUGGUGCACCAUAAUUUGCAAUUACUGUGCAAGUUAGUGAUUUACUAUUUACUAUGUAUUCAUUAUCACGGAAAUAGUGGGCAUAGUAUGGCGCACACUGAUUUUAUUGUGCCACACUAUGGUAAUCAGAAUGAAUAUGUGAUAUGUAUGGUAAUUGCAUGAUAACAUUAUUAAAUGAGGCACCCUUCUCUGAAUAAUGAGAUGAGCUUCAUUCACACCACAUUUACUAAAGGGUGAUAAUCGUAUUGUGCACAUUAAAGUGAGUGAUAAUUAAUUUGGAUACCAGGCUUUAUCCACUGAUGGCGCACCAUUUAAACCUAUUUUUUCUGGCCUGAAAACUAAUGCAGUUUGAUUCUUUUAACUGACUCGAUUCAUUUGAUAAAUUCAGUUUAGUGAAUCAAUUGAACAGAUUAUUUUACUUUCAAUGGAAAUCUCAACCAGUGAAAAAAAAUAAAAGAUGUCAGAAUAUAUAAUGCUAAGUCUCAAUACUUAACUUAUACAGUAUUCCAAAAUAUCAUGUUUUUAACAGCACUGAAGAGAAGGAUACUGACAAGCGGUGAAAAUGUGGAAUAGUAAACAGCACCACUAUGAAAUGUCCCUUUCUAUGACUUCUGUCUGGACACUUGACUUCUUUACUCACACAUUCGAUAACAAUGCUCAUUACAUGAUCUAAUUCUGCAACGUUUCCACAUGCCUGCUGAUGCAGAAUCCAGUGUAAGAAAAUGGGUUCCUCUGCAUUUCUUUCUUAAAUGUGUUCCAGCACUCUGCUACUAGCCAGUCCACUCUUUUUCUCGGUCAUAUAUGGCGCACCUCUGUUGUAACCCCACCACUUAGUUUCUUCCGAGGUAAUUCUGCACUUUCCAUGUCUUCUUGAAGUUAAAAAGUCCUUUCUUUGUGUUAAGACUCCAUGGCUUCUUUAAUUUCCAGUAAACUCAAAAUAAGUUGCUUUGUGAAGCGUAUCACAGUGACGUUGUACGGUAUAAUCUUUCAUAACUGCAACCAUUGCACUGCAAAUCAGACAUGUUGCCUUGUCGUCAAAAUUAUUCAGUGAAAAAAUAAUCAUCUGGCUACCAAUUUUGGAAUCUUCUGUGUUCCGCCUCCACCUUUCGCUUCCGUGACAUCUCCAAUUACUUUUUACUACUGAAUUUAUAUUUGACACAAAGUAAAAUAAAUAGUUUAAACACGCAUUCACUUCGCUACCCUAAUCAAAAUUAUUAGUGCGUGUGCGUGAGAAAACUGAUCCUGUGUGCUAUUUGAUUGGUUAUUUUACUACCUCUGUGAGCUGUGAUUGGCUUAAUGGGAAUGUCACACAUACAUGCAGACUGCACAAGUUGAAUACGCAUGUUAAAUGAAAGAGGAGGGUUGUUUUGAAGAAGAAUUCCAAAAGUAAUAGCGUUUUAAUUAAAUGAUAUCAAAUCAUGGUUUUAUUUACAAUUAAGGGAAAAUAUAAUACGUGUUUUCAUUAUAAGCAUUUGGGCGACACAGUAUGUUCCCUACAUUGUAAAUAAAAACGUGAUUUGGUAUAAUUUAAUUAAAAUGCUAUUAAUAAU